AUGGGGGAGCCCAUGGAAGUCCGAGAUGCGUUCAACAAGGCCAGUGACUUUUUAAGUCCAGUGCUCAAUCGAGCGGAGAUUGAAAAAUCCCCAGGGAAAUCUCUAUUGGAAAGACUGAGCCAAAAUGCGGACCUGUCAUCCAGUGGCGAGGAUUAUAUGAGGACUGUUGUUGUCGGCCAAGCUUUACAAAUCCUGAGUGGCAUUCACAAUGCCUUCAUCACACCCGAUGAAGAGCUCUCUCACCAUCUAGCCACGGAUGGUGAGGAUGUCGCUCUUGAAGAUGCAAAGCGUCGCCGAAUGCUGCAUGCGUUGUUGGACCUGAUCUCGCUUGAAGGAGUCUACCCGUCACUCUCAUCUGGCGUUGGAAUUCCUCUACAACAGCGAGUGAUUUCUGUGUUGCCAGCUGGCGUCAUUGCCAAACAGGCACAGGCUCCCACGAGCAGUACACCUCAUGAUGAGCCUCUUCUUCGUCGCGUUAUGAACGUUCUUCUCUCUAUUCUUAUGAAUACUACAUCAAGCAUCCAGCCCAUCAUCCGAGGUCGCAUCCUAAGCGACAUCAUCAGUGGGACAGCCGAUCUUGCUUUUAAUCCGAAUUGCAGUAAUUCUGAAGACCGAUCAAACUUUCAAGAACAGUUUGCCAGACUGAUAAACGAAACCCCCAGCGCUGUCUUGCUACCCACGUUGUCCGCAUUUCUCCAGACAGAUACCACUAGUUGGUUCAAAUCGACAGUGUCAAGUCAAAUAUCGCAGAUUCCGCUUCGUCAGGGCGGAGUUAUGCAAACAAUCAUUUUCAUUGCUUCGCAAUUAGCUCCCUCGCUUGGACAAGAGGCUCAGAGCGAGCCGUCAAACGGUCCUCAUUUCACUAUUCAAGCCAUGAUGCAAAUCUCAAAGCUUCUUUCGUCCGUUCCGCAAGGCGUGGACCCUAAGGUAUACUUCACAGCCAUUGCCCGGCAACUUUUGACCCUUCUUGAUGGCGAAGACCAAGAUCUUCAGAAGACCGCAUCUUAUACAAUUGGAAAUGGAAUCCUGGGAAAGCGGGCCUAUGGUGCUCCUGGAACAAUUGGUCACUCGAUUUUUGUUGACCCCCUUUUCCGCACACUUACCGCUGAAUUAAAUGAUGCAUCAAGGCAAUGGAUACAAUCAGACUCAUUGGAAUCCUCGAAUAGCAGAUCAUCGAACAUCAUCGUGAAUCAUAUAUUGGUUGACAGGGCACUCGACAGACUAAGCAAACUUGUCCUGCAACACCCAAAUCCAGGGUUGGUAAGGAGAAUUGUGAAUCCGAUUCUUCUGCCACUGUGGGGCUUGGUCUGCUAUUCCCAAGAACAUGAAAUUAAAUCUUUGCGUGAUAAUGUUAUGGCCUUAUUGCAGACCUACUUCAGUAUAUCAGUGGGGUUGCCACCACUCAAGAAGCUUGUUGAUAACCUGCUGUGGGACGGUGGGUCGACUUGGACAUACAGCUCCACCACUCAAGGGGGAGUCAACCUAGUUAAGCGAAAUGACCAGGCCAACGAGCAGUCGAAUCUAAUCAGAUUGAUUGACUCGCUCCAAAAUCGGACAGAACUUUUCGCUAGCUUGCUAGGCUCGGAUCCAAGGAGCGAAGAGUUGACCGGUGAUGUAUUUCUUUACGCGAGCCAGACAUGGCUCGUACACUCUAAUACAGAGGGAGUGCAGAAGAUCGGAGAAUCGGAAAACAUCUUCCAGAAGCUUGUCAGCGCCAAGAUCGCGGAAAAGCUGUUGGAUACCUUCAAGGACACAUUGUCUCGUCGGCCUCUUCGUGUGUUAGAACUUAUCAAGCAAGUCAUCGAGGGAGAACUUCACACACUAGGUUCCAAUGCAGCCAAACAGAGAGGGGAGAAGUUUGGAAGCCCCUCUCUAUCGUCACUCGCCAACAUUGUGUCCCCAGGAAGUACGAAUGACGAAGGAUCUGAAAAAGACACAUCCGAGUCCCUAUCCACUGCAUUCAGCUUGUUGUCCACCGUCCUGGCAUCGGCAGAGUUCUCCAUGACCCAGGAUAUCAAGUCCCUCAUGGAAUUAAUCAAAGAGCGUCUGGACGCAUUGAUUCCUCUUCUUCCUAGCGCCCUAUCUAAACCGGCAACGACUGCAUCAAUGCUACUAGAGAUUCAACUCACUUCCCCAGAAUCUGGUGAGACCAAAGUCCCGCAACCACAUAUCGCCGAUCUCGACACACACCGUCAUGCACUUUCAAAUCUCAACUCGGAAUUGCCACCGGUGCAAGCAGAGGGAUUCUCCCUACUUUCAAAACUAAUCAUCAAAUCCUCCCCCGUUCUCGACAUCCCAUCAACACUGACCCUUCUCCUCUCAAUUAUAACCGACAGUUCCGAAUCAACCGCCAGCGAAGAGUUUAUCUACCUCAAUGCCAUCAUGCUCAUCGGUACACUCGCAUCCAGACACCCACGAACCGUAAUGAAAACGCUGGUCGAUAGUUACACGGACAAAAAUGAACAACGAACUCUAGACCAGCGCCUCAAAAUCGGCGAAUCCCUCCUCCGAACAGUCCAGGACCUGGGCGCAGCUUUGACAGGCGAAACGGCUAAAGUUCUGGGCGAGGGCAUGCUCAGCGUCGCAGGACGCCGAGGCAACAAACCUCAGGCCCAAAAAACCCGCAAACAGAAGGAAGAAAAGGAGCGCCGAGAAAAAGAACGAGAGGAGAGGAAAGAAAAAGAACCUACCCUACCUGAAGGAUGGAAGGCUUCAACCGGACCUACGAGUAUCAAAGAACUGGACCCAGACUCCGACGAUGAGUCUCCAGAACAAUCAGUCCACGCCGCCAAUAUAGUCGCUGCAUGGGCAGCUGGUGCACCCAGCGACACGGAACCAGAAGAUCUCCGCAUCCGCGCAUCAGCGAUCUCGAUCCUCGCAUCAGCAAUCCAGACGAAUAUACUCGGGCUAGGAUCCGUGAUUGUGACAUCAGCCGUCGAUCUCGCGCUGGCUACAUUGACACUGGAACCGGCGGCUGAAAGCGCGAUUCUGCGACGUGCGAGCGCGGUUCUUAUUCUUGAUAUCUUGAAAGCACUUGAUACCGCACGUGAAGAUGGGAAGGGUAGGGACAUUGGGUUCGGAUUCUCGUUUAUAGAUGAUGAUUAUGCGCAUGCAGAGAUGCAGAGUCGGGGUUCGUCUACUGUCGGUAAUAUUCCAUCGAUGCUGCGCACGCUUGGAUUCGUUGAGAGUCGGGAGGAGGAUGGAAUUGUGCGGGGACAUCUACGGGCACUGAUUGAGAGUUUAGAGGCAUGGUUGGAGAAGUCUUUGAUGUGGGGUAUUGGCUCUGGAGGUGUGUCAGAAGUUAAGAUGGAAUUAGAUGAUCGUAUUGCUGGCUUGGAUGUUAAUCCGAUGGCUGGACGUGGGUCUUCGAGGCCGAAGAUUGAGGAGAUUGAAUAG